AUGAAUAAAUUAAAGUCUUAUUUGCUCACUUUAGAGAGCUUGUUAUUUUUAGUUUUACUCGCUCUUUUUGUUAUAUUGACCUUUCUCUUUCAAGUUUUCGUCUUCAUUUUCACAUUUCCAUACUAUUUCUAUGAUAAUUAUUAUAUACACAAGUUAGGGAACAGAGUUCUCAUAACCUUAGUACAUUUUGCUUCCUUUUAUAUAAAUAUACACUGGAAAUGUGAACCUUUGACAGAUUUGCCUUCUAGAGAUCCAAAAAAUAGAGUGAUUCUGAUGAUCAAUCACAUGAACCUCGCAGACGCCAUUGUGACAACAACACUCUCAAAGCGAUUUUAUUCUACAUAUUUAUAUAAAGAUGCACUUCACAGAAUAUAUCCGAAGCCUAUGCUUCAUCUAAUCGGACAAGUCCCUAUUUACUUUCACUAUGACAAGGAUAAAAAGACUAAAUCUAUCAAGAAGGACUGUGUGUUGGGUGUUAUGGAGAGGUGUAAAACUUUAAUGGAUAACGGCUUUGAUUUAUUUGUAUUUCCUGAAGGAACAAGAUCGAGGACUGGUAAACUCCAGGAGUUCAAGGACGGGUUUUUCAGAUUCUCUGUUGAUAAUGGUUACGAUAUCAUUCCAUGCGCUGUUCAUAACACUAAAGAUGCCGUUUAUAAACCUUUGUGUGCUACUAGCCGUACAUUGUAUAUAAUGGCAGGAUCUCCAGUCUCCCCAAAAGGUAAGACUGUAGAAGAGCUAAAGUUCGAGGUAAGAAAGAAGGUCUACAAUCUUAUUAAAAUGUCGCCAACUUUUGACCCCUCGACAGAAAUCGUAGAAGAACUGGAAUAA